AUGGAUAAAAUACUGGAAGCCGUGGUGAUGUCCUCAUACCCCAACAAUGUGAAGCAAGGGCUUGUGAGGCGCGUCAUUGAGGCAGCAAAGCAGCCCAUGGACAGCGAGCAAUGCUGGUCUAUGCUGGAGCUGUCUACCAAGCUUUAUCUCACGGGGGACACCAAGUAUAAAAGAGAGAUUGGGAAAGAGGUUUUGGAGGUCUACGGCCACUACCACCCCGAGGAAUUUGAGGAGUUCUUCAACGUUCGCUUCCUGCUGAGUCUCCUCCAGGAAGGCUAUGGACCUCUGGGGAAGAGAAGCCAUUACGUACUCGAUUAUAUCCAAUUAGGACUGCAGUUUGUCCUGGAAAGCCCGUCAGCAAACAGCAUCUUCAGCUUAUUGAGGAUCGAGGUGCUCCGGAAAGUCUGCGAGAGGCCCAGCCCCAAGCAAUGUGCGAAGAUCAGCAAACUCUUAACCCAACAUCCUCAGUGCAUUCCCACGGGCAAACACCAGGUCUUGUUUUGUCAGCAGCUGAUCCGGUGCAUCGGGCAGUUCCAGUGCAUCUCCGAGGGGGAAGAGGACAUCAUGGAGUUUUUGGAGCAGGUGAACAAAGUGAGCGGUCUGCUGCAGAGGAUCUGGAGGACUCAGACCUCAGCCAUCCUGCCCUCUUUGAAGGAGCUGUUCACUAUCAUUUCUUCAACAGAGGAGCAGGAAGCGCCAUCCAACGCCUUGGCCAGUGUGGUCCAGUUUGUCCCUCUGGAGCUCAUGGAUGGCGUCAUAAGAAACCUAACCAACGAUGACAGCAUCACUGAUGUGCAAAUGAUGACGGCCAUUGGCAGGAUGAUUGACUGGGUGUCCUGGCCCCUGGGAAAGAACAUAGACAAGUGGAUCAUUGCUCUGCUGAAGGGUUUGGCUGCGGUGAAAAAGUUCAGCAUCUUGAUUGAAGUUACUCUUUCGAAAAUUGAAAAGGUCUUCUCCAAGUUGCUGUACCCCAUCGUGAGAGAGGGGGCUUUGUCCGUCCUGCAGUACAUGCUGCUGAGCUUCCAGCACUCCCACGAGGCAUUUCACUUGCUGCUCCCUCACAUCCCCAGGCUGGUGGCCUCUCUGAAGAAGGAGGACUCCAACUCUGCCACUAGCUCCCUGGAGCAGCUGGCCGAGCUCAUCCACUGCAUGUUCUUCCGCUUCUCAGGAUUUCCAGAUCUCUACGAACCAGUCCUAGAAGCAGUUAAAGCUCUUCCUAUUCCAAAUGAAGACCGUAUUAAACAUCUCUUGGGACAAAAUGCUUGGACCUCCCAGAAGAACGAGCUGGCCUGCUUCUACCCACGCCUGGCAUCCAAAUCAGAGACAGGAAAGAUUGGGUUAAUUAACUUGGGAAACACGUGCUACAUGAACAGCAUCAUACAGUCUCUUUUCAUGGCUUCGGACUUUCGGCAUUCAGUGUUGAAUUUAACUGAGGGCAACUCCCAGCCCCUGAUGACAAAGCUCCAGUGGCUCUUUGCGUUUUUGGAGCACAGUCAGCGACCUGCCAUCUCACCCGAGAGUUUCCUCUCUGCCUCCUGGCCACCCUGGUUCACCCCCGGUGCUCAGCAGGACUGCUCGGAAUAUCUCAAGUACUUGCUGGACCGAUUACAUGAAGAAGAAAAAACUGGAAAAAGGAUCUACCAGAAACUCAAGGAAUCCAGCUUGAUGUCUCAGGCGGUGGAGCAUCAUUACUUAAACAAGACAUUGAUUGAGAAGAUGUUUGGGGGUAAAAUGAUGACAAAGAUCCGCUGCUUGAAGUGUCUGAACGUCUCCUCCCGAGAAGAAGCCUUCACAGACCUGUCCCUGGCUUUUCCCCCACCGGACAGGCACAUGCGUGGGAGCACGUCUGUUUUACCGGUGGAAGAAAUUGGCCCGCAGUUUAUUGAGCCUCCUGAAAACUCAAGCCAGCUUACGGGGUCUCCCUGGAUCCAGAGGAAGGCCCCCAUGGCCAGAGACCCUGCAGCCCCGCCGAUGCCGGUGGAAACGUUGGGUUUCCAGGAUCCAGGAGAAGCGGCAAAUCCCUUAAGUGGCAAUGCCAGUGGUGUGGAUGCAGCCAAAGACCCUCUCUUGGCUUUUGGGGAGCAGGCGUGUGCUCCCAAGGACUCCAGAUCCGUACCAGAUUUAAUCAACUAUUUUCUAUCCCCGGAGAGACUGACAGCAGAGAAUAAAUACCACUGUGAGAAAUGCGCAUCCUUGCAGGAUGCCGAGAAGGUGGCGGAGCUGACGGAGGGUCCACACUACCUCAUCCUCACGCUGCUGCGGUUCUCCUUCGACCCACGGACUAUGAAGAGGAAGAAGAUCUUGGACAACGUCUCCAUCCCCGUGGUGCUCAAGCUGCCUGUCCUUGUCACCCCGGAGGAAACCGAGGAGGUUUGCCAUCGUGGGAAGGACAGGGCUGCCCCGGGAAGUGGCUUCAUGUCUGUUGUGUAUGACCUCUGCAGCGUGGUGGUACAUUCAGGCAUCUCCUCCGAGAGUGGCCACUACUACUGCUACUCCAGGGAGUGCACCGACACUGUCCCUCACGGGCAGCCCCGGGAUGGGGCACCGAAACUGGCCCCUGACAAGCAGUUGGACUUUGAAAUCCAGUGGUACCUCUUCAACGACACCAGAGUUUCCUUCUCCUCCUUCGAAUCGGUCAGCAACGUCACCUCUUUCUUCCCCAAGGACACUGCCUACGUCCUCUUCUACAGGCAGCGGCCAGGGAGGCAGAGCUGCCCGCUGCACGAGGCUCUGGCCGAGGCCGGCCGCCUGCACGGCGAACCCUCCCUCCAUAAGGACUUGAUGGAAGCCAUUUCCAAAGAUAACAUCCUCUACCUGCAGGAACAGGAAAAAGAAGCAAGGAACAGAGCCGCCUACAUUUCCGCCUUGCCGAAAUCCCCACUCUGGUGGAGAGACCUUGACAGGGACAAGGAUGAUGACAGCUCGUCGGGGGGCUGCAGCCCAGCAGCGGGCGGGGGCGGAUCCGGCUCCUUUCAUGGACUCGUCUUCUAG